CAAUUACUACAUUCAGUGCAGGACUGUUAUACAUGACGUAAGUGUGUGCAUCGGAUUUAGUUGUGUUUACAAACGUAUUCUCUAUCUACCUGUCGUCAUUUUGCUGACGGUAACCUUUUUUUAUUGUCUACCUGCCUUUUCUGUUAAGUGAGAACCCACCAAACAAACAAAGUGGAGUCGUUUUCAGUAGGAAACAGGCUGAAAAACACGGCCAACAUGUUUAAUGCCGUGUCGAGCUGGUGGGGUGCCAUUCAGAAAAAGGAUUCGGAUAGCAACCUACCAGCUGAAGAGUCAGCCGAUGCGCAACCAACUCAAGAUGGAAAAGAAGACGUUCAACAGCCUGAAAGCAGUACGAAUGACACUGCUUCUAGUGCUGUUGCACCUGGUCCCGAGGCGACAACAACUUCGGUUGUAACUGGAGCUGGUGGUGGUGGUGGCGGUGCAUCAAGUGGCGACGAAUCUCCCGUCACAGAAUCAGCCUCAGAACAAAGUGGCUCUGACACAGCCGCUCCUAAUAUUCCUCCUUUGCCUGGUAAGAAAAAACCACGGAAGGGUGGAGCCAAUUCGGAUGCUUCUGAACCCGCGACCAGCAGUGACGACGAAGAUGCUGAAGGACCAGAUAAAGUGGAUGAGAAGAUUGAAGCAGCGAAGCAAGCAAUCGAAGACGUUUCAACUAAAGCUGUCAGCGCUGCUAAGGAAUGGGGAAGUUAUUUAUUCAGUGUUGGAAAAUUUGCUAGUAAGACAGUUGCUGAUACUGCCAAACAAUUUAAGACAACAGUCGAAGAAAAGACUAUACUUGGUGAAUUCACUCGGGAGCAGGAAAAGUUUGUCAAUGAAAACAAAGAAAAAGGGAAGCAUGCUGAAGCAGCUCUCCCACCAUGGGUUGGUUACAAUGAAGAAGAAACUAUGAAGAAACAAAUCCUGGCUUUGUCUUCUGACAAGAGAAAUUUCCUAAGAAAUCCUCCUGCGGGAGUUCAGUUCAGUUUUGAUUUUGAUACUGUCUAUCCAAUUGCAAUGGCAACUCUACAAGAAGACCCUGAACUUCAGAAAAUGAGGUUUGAGUUGGUGCCCAAACAAAUUAAUGAGGAGAACUUCUGGCGAAACUACUUUUACCGAGUAUCCCUUAUCAAGCAAUCAACUCAACUUACCUCAAUUGCUCAAUCUACUGAGCGGUCUUCCCCACAAAUGUUUACUUCCCCCCAGACAACCAAUGCCCCUGCCCAGAAGGAUGAGGAUUUGGCUAUUGAAAAUCCACCUCAUGAUAAUGAAUUCAUCAGUGAUUCCUUUGCCAACAGCACGAUUGAUGAUGAAGACUUGCGCAAGGAAAUGCAACAGCUUUCCGUCAAAACUAAUGAAGCCAGCAAUGCAGAUGCAGAAGACAUGCCACAGUGGGAGAAAGAAUUGCAGAAGGAACUUCAAGAAUAUGAUAUGGUGGAUGAUAGUGUGACAGCUGAAGACAUCGACUUGGAGAAAGAAAUUUUGCAACAGCUUGAGGAGGAGAACAAAACAGCCUGAAGAGGAUUCACUUCUAUUGUCAUAUUUGACCAGCUGUAUUUUUCCUCUCUCUUUUCUCUCCCCCUCUCUCUUCUAUACAACUAUCACCAAAAUUGUUAGUAGUACUUUUCUUUUGGUUCUUUACUGAUCAUGUAUUUUCAUCUGUUGUUAUUGUUGCUAUCAUCAUUAGAGUCAUCAUCAGUGUAGCCUGUUGAACACUGCACUUGAACUGCUCUUGUUAGUAGUGGCAGGGUUACUUUUUGUGAAUUUGAUUUCAUACCAGUGUUUGUUGGCUGGACAAAACUCAUGAUAAUAGAACUGGUUAUUGUUACUACUAAUAUUACUACUAAUACUUCGGUUGCUGCUGCAACUACUUCAACUAAAUAGCAAUAUUACAUCUACCACUACUACGAAUACUACUGCAUUACAUUCCCACAUUUUUAUUUGUCAUAAGACCAAUAUUACAUAUUAACUAAAACAUUUAUAUUCUUUUUACCACAUUCAAGCACAUAAGCAUAUGUGUUUUAACUGAAGUAAUUUUUUUUUUGAAUUUCAAUUUUCAAUACUUGUAUAGUUUAUAUUUUAGUUUAAAUAAUUAAUUUCUAAAUUACUAACAGAAGCUAUGAAAAAUAUGUCAUGCAAAUAAUUUUUGUUAAUGUUUUAUGACAUUAAUAGGCAUUACCAUUCUUUUAUUUAUUGUUUGUUUCUUUCCAUUGAGACUUUUAACUCAGAAUAUAUA